UUGUAAACCUAUGUGCUGAAAUUCCCUAUCAUUAAAGAUUAAAGUGUGACUCAAAAGCCAAAUGCUCUUACAUUAUUAAAAUCCCCCAUUCUAGUUCCUUCAAGAAAAAUCCAAUCUAUCCAAUAUAGUGUGUAUAUACAUAAUUAUACAUAUAUAUAAUUAUUUGUUUAUGUUAAUAUAUCACGCAUAUAUAUAGAUGGAUAGAUAUCAAGAUUGUAUAAUAAGAGAAAUUAAGCGGGUUUUGUGUGUGUGUUUUAUUCAAUCAAGAGAGACAUAAUAUAAAGAGAAAAUGGCGAAAUCACGUUUGGUUGGGAUUGGAAUGGACUAUUCAGCAACGAGCAAAUUAGCUUUGAAUUGGGCAAUUCAUAACCUGGUUGGAGAAGGAGAUCAGAUUAUCAUAAUUCAUGUUGCUUCUCCAAAAGCUGAUCCCACUAAUAAACAGCUUUUUCAAGAUACUGGAUCACCGUUGAUACCUCUGUUAGAAUUUCGAGAAAUUAGUGUAGCGAAACGCUAUGGGCUCACCCCUGAUCCAGAGGUUCUUGAUAUGCUUGAUACAGUCUCCAACACCAGAAGGGUGAAGGUGGUGACGAAGGUGUACUGGGGGGAUCCAAGGGAGAAAUUGUGUGAUGCUGUGGAACAACUCAAACUUGACGCACUUAUUCUUGGAAGCAGGGGUUUAGGAGCUAUCAAGAGAGUGUUACUUGGUAGUGUGAGCAACUACGUGGUGCAAAAUGCAAGUUGUCCGGUCACGGUCGUGAAGGGGGCCAGCACCAAGAAAUAAAGCCCUUAAUAGUUUAGGAACAUGCAAUCCACUAGCCCGUGUGGAUUUGGAUAAGCAUGUUCGAGUUGUUGGGUUAUUUACAAGGUAUUUGGCUGAGCUUAUAAGCUCUUUUAAAGUGUUUGAUAAAAUAAGCUCCUAAAGAACAUAUAAGCUGUAAAAAUAAGUUUCAAGAGCUUAUAAGCUCCCAAAAAAUAACUUUCUCUAUCCCAACUUAUUUUAUCAUUAUUUUAUAAGCAACACUCAUUUUACAAAA